ACUUUAAUCAGGAACUCAAAGUUUAUUAGAUUUUUCUUCUAGUUUUGACAAAUUUCAGUGCUAUCAGGAAGUCAGACACGUUAAUUUGUUACAGUUUCUGUUUCUCACAGUUUUUCUUAUCUGAUACUUUACUGGCUGAUGUCACUUGGCUGUGAAUUGAGUUUCCCUCUUGAGGAUGAAUAAGAAAAGCAGAAGGGCCGCAGAUACUGAACAAUAUGUCUGCCAAUGUGACCGUUUGCAACAUUACCACCAACUGUUCCACGAAUUGCAUAGUGGAUUAUCUUCAGGGUCUGGGUUAUGCAGCUUUGUUUCUUCUGGGUUUCCUGAUAAAUGCUGCUGCUCUGUAUGCCUUCAUUGCCAUACGGCGCUCAUGGACAGACAUCCACAUCUAUAUGUUGAACCUGAACAUUGCAGAUUUUUCCCUCAUCCUUUUCCUGAGCUUCAGGAUUUACGAUGCCUUCUCCUGCCUGCCUAUAACUUACUUUUGUACCUUUCUCAUGUACGUACAUUUUCUCAACAUGUAUGCCAGCAUCUUCACAACAGCAGCCAUCAGUGUCCAACGCUACCUGAGUAUAAGAUUCCCACUGCGUGCCAGAUCGUGGAAAUGGAAGAAACAGACAGCUUUUGCAGUGUGUUUGGUCAUUUGGGUUUUCUUGAUAACAGCAUGCAUUAUGGUCCGCAAGGACAACUAUCCUGAAAAACUCUGGACAUGUUUUGAACGAUGUAAAAAUAUUCCACAUCGUACAUGGAGUAUCACAUCAGUGAUAUUUAUAGGUUUUCUCAUCCCACUCCUGAUCGUCGUGUUCUGCUCCACUCAGAUCAUCCGUAUGUUUUUAAAGGAGGCCGACAAGUCAGAGGAGAAGAAAAACAUUGUUGGCAUAGUCACAGCCAACAUGAUUGUGUUUAUCGUCUGUUACACGCCGAUCCAUAUCGCCUUCGUUGCUGACCUCUUUGACGAGCCACAGGAAGACUGGAUAUGCGAAAGCACUACUGUGCACAAGUAUUUACUCUGGUCUGAAUGGAUUGCUGGCACAAAUUGCUGUUUCGACUCCAUCAGCUAUUUUUUUUUAUUGAAAGGCUUUUUUUUCAAAAGCACGUAACUCUUAAGGCAGCAUUUGAGUGUUGUAUUUAAAGAGGCAAAAUGCUGUUAAAGGUCAUAACCUGUCCAUUCUACAUGGCAAGUUCAGUUAUGUUUGAAGUCGAAAGUUAAAAUAGAAGAAGAUCCUACAGCUUGAGGUUUGGCUAAAUAUAUAAACAUAUAUGGGCAAAAUAUAGGUCAAAUGACCACAGUGAGUCAGAACUGCUGCUUAACUUGGGUACAUGUUUUUUCAGUGACGGAUACCAGACAAAAUGUAUGCUACCUUAAAUGUAUUUCAUUUAGGUGUUUUUAAAAAAAAUCUUCACACACAUUUUUUAAACAAAUUUAGUAGACCACCUGUAAGUCUAUCAAAGUAGUGUAGGGUGAUUAAGGAUAGAUAUGAAAAUGUGCUAACCCGUAAAGAGAGUGAGUUGAGAAGAUGGAAGGAGCACUUUAAGGAGCUCAUGAUUAAAGAAAAUGAGUGAGAGAGGAAGAUGGGUGGAGGGCAGUUGAAUCAGGAAGUGGAGAGGAUUAGUAAGGAGGAAGUGAGAAUAGCCAAGAAGAGAAUGAAGAGUGGAAAGCAUGCUGGUCCUUAGGCUGGCCCCAGAUAAGCGGAAGAGGAUGGAUGGAUGGAUGGAUGGAUGGAUGGAUGGAUGGAUGGAUGGAUGUUUAACACAUCUUGGAGAGUGAGGGGAUGCUUGAGGAAUGAUUAAGAAGCGUGUUGUUACAGAACAGAACUACGGAGGGAUGAAGUUCAUGAGCUAUACCAUGAACAUUUGGAAAAGGGCUGUUAAAGCUAGGAGCUCUACAGAUGCAAUGUCUGUGUGAAGAGUGUUGAUGGAGAAGGUCAGAAGAAGUUGACCUGUGGAUGUAGAGAAAGCAUAUAAAGGUGGAACUUUGGUGCUGUAUGACAGGAGUGGCAGAGAUGUAUGUGAGGGUGAUGCAGAACAUGCAUGACAGGAAGACAGAGGUGAGAUUUGCAGGAAGAGGGACUGAGGAUGAGGGUAGCAUUACAUCAGGGAUCAGCUCUGAGCCUCUUCUUGUUUGCAAUGAUGAUGACAAAUGAGGUCAGGCAAGUCUCCGUGAAGUUUGCAGAUGACAUUGCUAUCUGUAGUGAGAAUAGGCAGCAAAUGGAAGAGUGCUUGGAAAGGUGGAGGUAUGCUCUGGAGAGAAACCUGUAGAAACAAGACAGACUUUGUGUGUGGAUGGAUGGGAGGCAGGUGUAGCAGUGAAAAGUGCAAGGUGUAGUGGUAGUUAAGGUAGAUGAUUUUGAAUUCCUGUGGUCAACCAUUUAAAGUAACAGAUGGCGCACAAGAAAGUUGAAGAAGAGAGUGAAUCCAGGGUGGAACAGAAGGAUAGCAGAAAGAGCCAGGCAGGAGGAGGACGAAAAGCCACAAUGGAGGAGGAGAUGCAGACGGUUGGUGUGACAGAGGAUUAUAGCAGAGAUAGGAUGAGACGGAAGCAAAUGAUCUACUACGGUGAUCCCUAAAGAGAGCAGUUGAAAGAAGAAGACUGUGUAAUAAUGGACUUAUAAUCUUUGCCCAGACUGAUCAGCAGCAAUAAUUGCUUAAGUAAGAUCAGUGUCGAUGUCUUUUAUCCACAGCGUUGUGUUAACACACACCAGAAAACUGGAAAAACUUCUACAUAACUAGAACUCCUGCACAAGGACAAUACUGCACAUUUUUUAAAUGACUUUUAAAUGUUACUAUACUGCCCUGACUUGGUUCUUUGGUUCCAACCUGUUUUAGAUCUUUGUUGGAUUGCAAUGUAUUGAUUAAAAAAUGUAAGAACUUUAAAAACAUUUUCUCGUAUUUCAUGCGAACAGCAAGUACUACAGAUUCAAAAUGUGUACUCAUAAAAAUCUGCACCAGUUUCAUUUUCUCACCGCACAUCUUUCUGUGUGGCAGGUGGUCUGAAAAUAGAAUAGAAACUGUUAGCCUGUGAUGAAAACUGGCAUGCUGUGGUGAACCCCCAUAUAGCUCAUGCUGCUGGACAUUUCUCACGCAAUUUAUAAACCAAAAUGAACAAAAAAGGAAAUGAAGCAAGCUAACAGCAGCUUUGAACUCCGGGUGUUUGUUACUGACACGGAAACAUGCUGGUGCAGCAGUACGCUAAAUCACUUCAGCAAGCUUUAUGAAGAAGAGUACAUCUCAGCCGGGCCACAGAUACUGAACAAUAUGUCUGCCAAUGUGACCGUUUGCAACAUUACUACUAUUCCACCCAACUGUUCCGUGAAUUGCAAAGUGGAUUAUCUUCAGGGUCUGGGUUAUUCAACUUUGUUUCUUCUGGGUUUCCUGAUAAAUGCUGCUGCUCUGUAUGCCUUCAUUGCCAUACGGCGCUCAUGGACAGACACCCACAUCUAUAUGUUGAACCUGAACAUUGCAGAUUUUUCCCUCAUCCUUUUCCUGAGCUUCAGGAUUUACGAUGCCUUCUCCUGCCUGCCUAUAACUUACUUUUGUACCUUUCUCAUGUACGUACAUUAUAUCAACAUGUAUGCCAGCAUCUUCACAACAGCAGCCAUCAGUGUCCAACGCUACCUGAGUAUAAGAUUCCCACUGCGUGCCAGAUCGUGGAGACGGAAGAAACAGACAGCUUUUGCAGUGUGUUUGGUCAUUUGGGUUUUUGUGAUAACAGCAUGCAUUAUAGUCCGCAAGGACAACUAUCCUGAAAAACUCUGGACAUGUUUUGAACGAUGUAAAAAUAUUCCACAUCGUACAUGGAGUAUCACAUCAGUGAUAUUUAUAGGUUUUCUCAUCCCACUCCUGAUCGUCGUGUUCUGCUCCACUCAGAUCAUCCGUAUGUUUUUAAAGGAGGCCGACAAGUCAGAGGAGAAGAAAAACAUUGUUGGCAUAGUCACAGCCAACAUGAUUGUGUUUAUCGUCUGUUACACGCCGAUCCAUAUCGCCUUCGUUGCUGACCUCUUUGACGAGCCACAGGAAGACUGGAUAUGCAAAGGGACUACUGUGCACAAGUAUUUACUCUGGUCUGAAUGGAUUGCUGGCACAAAUUGCUGUUUUGACUCCAUCAGCUAUUAUUUUUUAUUGAAAGGCUUUUAUUCAAAAGCACGCAACUCUUAAGGCAGCAUUUGAGUGUUGUAUUUAAAGAGGCAAAAUGCUGUUAAAGGUCAGUUAUGUUUGAAGUCAAAAGUUAAACUACACGAAGA